GUCCUCCGCGCCGCCAGGGGGCGGUGCAACACUGAUACUCCGCCUUCUCUGCCGCUUCAAACUAAAGUCAAAAGAAGUCGAGGACGGAGUCACGGAAAGAAACAGGAAGAAGACGAACUCGGCAACACAAUGACUUCAACCAGGAGACUAGGCAAGGAGCUGGACGACAUCCGCAAAUCUGGAAUGAAGCAUUUCCGGAACAUUUCGGUGGAUGAUGCGAAUAUUUUGUGCUGGCAGGGACUCAUUGUGCCUGACUGUCCUCCGUAUGACAAAGGAGCCUUUCGGAUUGAGAUCAUCUUCCCUGCAGAGUAUCCCUUCAAGCCCCCCAAGAUCACCUUCAAGACGAAGAUCUACCAUCCCAACAUCGAUGAGAAGGGCCAGGUGUGUCUGCCCAUCAUCAGCGUGGAGAACUGGAAGCCGGCCACGAAAACAUGCCAAGUGAUUCAGUGUCUGAUCGCUCUGGUGAACGCCCCCCAGCCGGAGCACCCGCUGAGGGCCGACCUGGCAGAGGAGUACACUAAGGACCGCGCAAAAUUCAUGAAGAACGCCGAGGAGUUCACAAAGAAACACAGUGAAAAGCGACCUGUGGACUGAUGACACGACGACGACCUGCACCUGUUAGCCUCCUUUCUGUUUUCUGAUCGAAGACCCCAGCCUGACUCUCUGUUCUUAUCCCCCCUCUGCCCCCCCCCCCCCCCCCCCCGCGUUUCACAAAGAUACCCCCCCCCAUUCUUGUGUACCUGCAAUGUUUAGCACUCUCCAACCAAUCUUUAAUAGAGGCUUGUGUUUCUGUUUUACUUUGCCAAAAACAAAAAAGAAAAAAAAAACAAAGCAGGACUUUUUGGUGAGUAGGCAGCUUCUGGCCUCUAGGUGUCAUCUUUUGGUUGUUUUUGACUUCUUUCUAUCAAUUUCUUUUUAGAAAAAAACACAAUAAAUUGUCUGAGGUGGCAUCCUGAAGGUUAAAUUAAUAAUAAAAAAGUGCUUUUUCCUAGUGCUUACUGAAAUGUUGAAUGUUAUCUCCGAUGACACAGUUCUUAUUCCCAUCUUUUUAGGCUUCCUUUCCGAAUUUAACAGCAUCUAAAGCCGUGUUGGUUUUUUUUGUUUAUUUUUUUUUCCUUUUUCUUUCUCAUCAUCCUCCACACAGUUGGAAUUAAAUCAGAAUUUGUUACUGAUAAAGCCCAGAUGUAAAACGGAGAUAAUGACCAUGCAGCGUUCAGGUGUCAUUUAAAAUCAUUAUUUUGUAUUUUAAGGAAAAUGAUUCCUUCGAAAUAAAAUAUUUCCACCUCUUUUGGCCGCCUCAGGAGAAGUGGUAAAACUACA